AUGGUUGAUGGCAAAAUUAUGAAAUGCUAUAUCAGAAAACAGCGCAGAAGGUCGAGGGCGGAAGAAGAAGACAGGUUGAGCUCACUUCCUGAUGUCAUUCUCACCAACAUUCUUUCUCGUCUCCCUAUCCAUGUUGCCAUCGCAACCUCCGUCUUAUCCCACCGAUGGCGCCGGGUCUGGACCGGCAUCACCUGCGUUGAAAUCGUUACUUGUAGAACAUCAGGAGUUGCCGCCAUGUUUGACUGCAUCCUACGACAGCUUACAUCCCGGAAGCUCCACGUCUUUGAUCUUGCUCUGCUAGAGGUGUUUAAAUCUCCGGAAAUUAGUGAAUCAGAAAUAGAAUUAUGGGUCCGUGAAGUUUGCAGUCGAAAUGUGGAGGAUAUCAGGAUCGAUGCACAUUAUGAUAGUCAGUUUUGUGUACCCGCUAUUCUGUUCAAUUCACAAUCUCUGGUAACUUUGAAAUUAUGGGGCUUGCUUCAGUUUAAAUGGCCGGAAAUUGGGAGCUUAUGCUUUCAUCUACCUAAUUUGAAGUCACUUAACCUUUGCAAGCUUAUUGAUGUUCCUCUUUCGUUGGGGACUCUAUUAAGAUCUUGCCCUCAUUUGGAACAUUUAGAUUUAGACUUCGAUCUAGCUGAUAAUCUACAUUUUUCAUUGUCUAGUUCUGUUGUGAAUAUCAUUGCCCCCAAUUUGAAAUCAUUGUCUAUACAUAUGCUAUACACUCCCGGGCAAAUUAGUGUAUAUAUCGAUGCACCCAAAUUGGAAAACCUGAAAAUUGAGAAUUUCUAUUCAAUUUAUUACUUUCUCCGGAAUCCAACUGUGUUAAAGGAAGCGCGUAUUGAAUUGAUGCAUGAUGAAUGGUAUGGGCUGGAGUCAGAUGAUGAAGAGGAGAAAGAGCUGGAUUAUGGCUCAUUGUCUGAAGCACGAAAAGAAUAUCUUCACCAGAUGACCAAGUUUGUUGGAGGAAUGUCUACUGUUACCAAUCUUGAGCUAAGGCUAGAGAGUCUGACCAAUAUAUUCAAAUAUCAAAACCCUGUGAAACUGCCAAUCUUUUCUAACGUAGCCCAUCUCGAAACAAAUUUCUUGAAGGAUUUGAUGUUUUCCUUACAUUGUUUUCCCAACUUAGAGCAUCUUAAGGUGUCAGAUUGUGAUGAUAAAAUGGAGCAAAGUAGUUUGUGUACACCAGAUUCAAUUUCAGAUUGUUUUGAUAAGUAA